UGUUGUUGUAAGUGGUGGUGAAAUUACUUUGUCGGCGGUGGUCCGGUGUGGAAUUCUACGUCUAUUUCGUCCAACAGUGAUGCUAAAAAGUUGAAAGUGGUGCUCUCUAAUACUCACACGGUCCUCACGAGGGAGCACGGAUGGGAAAACUAAUAGGCGCGAUGAAAAGAACUAGGCCGUUGAAGGUGAAGAGGACAGUGUAGCAGCUCAUUGAGGUUGUGAGCGGAGCCCUCCCCCUUUCCCUCUCUGCCCUGUUGCUGAGAAUCCUGUUUGAAUUUUUUUUUUCUGCACGGAAGAACCCGCCAACUGUUGAAUUCAUGAUCACAUGACCGUGGAUAUGGACGCGGUCCUGUCCGACUUUGUCCGUUCCACUGGAGCCGAACCGGGAUUGGCCAGAGAUCUGCUAGAAGGCAAGAACUGGGACUUCUCCGCAGCCCUCAAUGACUUUGAGCAGUUGCGACAGGUGCAUGCUGGGAAUCUUUCAUAUUCAUUUACAGAAGAGAGGACAUAUCCACCGCCUGAGAAGGAGAUGGCCAGAGUGGGACGGCCAAUAUUGCAACGUCAAGAUGAAGUGGUGCAAGCCACCGAAAAGCGGCUGUCGAGGGGCAUAUCCCACGCUAGUUCCACCAUCGUGUCACUGGCUCGCUCUCACGUCUCAAGCACUGGAGGAAGCAGCACUGAGCCACUUUUGGACACGCCACUGUGCACUUUCCAACUACCAGACCUCACCAUGUACCGCGACGACUUCCGUGGCUUCAUCGAGAGGGAUCUCAUCGAGCAGUCGAUGAUGGUGGCCUUAGAGCAUGCUGGGCGGCUAAAUUGGUGGACAAAAGUAGUUUCAAACUGUCAGAACUUGCUGCCUCUGGCAACAAGCGGCGAUGGAAACUGCCUGUUACAUGCUGCUUCGCUCGGAAUGUGGGGGUUCCAUGACCGCGAUCUGAUGCUGCGAAAAUCCUUGUAUGCCUUGAUGGACAAUGGGAUGGAGAGGGAAGCCCUGAAGCGCAGAUGGAGGUGGCAGCAGACACAGCAGAACAAAGAGUCUGGUCUGGUGUACACUGAGGAAGAGUGGCAGAAGGAGUGGAACGAACUGCUGAAAUUGGCCUCCAGUGAGCCCAGAAUACACUACAGCACCAACAGCACUAACGGUGGUGAGUCCUCAGAUGAACCUGUUUACGAGAGCUUAGAAGAGUUCCACGUUUUCGUCCUGGCUCAUGUCCUGAAACGUCCCAUCGUAGUGGUGGCCGACACCAUGCUGAGGGACUCGGGAGGGGAAGCUUUUGCUCCCAUCCCAUUCGGAGGCAUAUACCUACCACUGGAAGUGCCAGCUGCCAAGUGCCACCGCUCACCCCUGGUCUUGGCGUAUGACCAGGCCCACUUCUCUGCCCUGGUGUCCAUGGAACAGAAGGACAGUUCCAAAGAGCAAGUUGUGAUCCCGCUCACUGACUCUGAGCAUAAAAUGUUGCCUCUGCACUUUGCGGUGGAUCCUGGGAAGGAGUGGGAGUGGGGCAAGGAUGACACUGACAACGUGAUGCUGGCAAGUGUUGCUCUCUCUUUGGAGGCUAAGCUCCAGAUGCUGCACAGCUACAUGACGGUCACCUGGCUGCCACUUCCCUGCGAGCAAGCUCCUCUGGCUCAGCCUGAGUCUCCGACUGCAUCAGCGGGAGAAGACGCACGGACGCCUCCGGACUCUGGAGAGUCAGACAAGGAGUCGGUCAGCAGCAGCUCCAAUGGCAACGGCGAUACCACCACAACGUCGACCUUAAAUGGAGGGAGCUCUUUGGUGAAGAACAAUUCGUCCUCAUCAUCAAGUUCCAGCAGUGGCUCAGCCGGCACAGGGACAACAGGGAAGGACAAAAGUAAAAAGGAGAAGGAUAAAGAUAAAGACAAAAAACGGGCCGACUCUGUGGCUAAUAAACUGGGUAGUUUUGGAAAAAGUCUGGGCAGCAAGCUGAAGAAAAACGUGGGUGGACUAAUGACCGGAAAGAAUGCUGGAGCCGGUGGUGUGAAGCAGGACGGCGUGGAGAAAAAGAAGGGCUCCUUUAGGGGGCGGAAGGGCAGCAAGGACAGCUUGCCUUCAGCCCAGGUCUCUGAGGACUCCGGGAAAGGCUCCCCGUCCUCAGGUAGUGAGCGCCUCAAUGGAACAGGAAGCAGCAUGAGCAGCAGCGGAGGCAGCAGCACAGAGAGCGAGACCUACAAAUACAGUGCCGACGUCAAGGUGAGCCUCGGCAUCCUGCGAGCCGCAAUGCAAGGAGAGCGGAAGUUCAUAUUCGCCAGCCUCCUCACAACCAGCAACCGACAGCCGUUCCAGGAGGAGAUGAUCCAGCAAUACCUAGCUUACGCAGAGGAGCGAUUUCGGGCUGAGCAAGACCAGCAGCGGCGCGAACCUGAACGGAAAUGUGUCACUAACGGAAUACAGCUGCCCAAGAAGGAGACGGUUCUUGGUACUGAUCCAACUUAUCGCCCGUACGAGACCAAAGAAGAGCUCACAGAUCAGACUUUGCCGUCCUCCUUCAAUCAGCUCAAGGUCUCUCCAUUGUCCACGUCCAUCUACCCAGGCGUGGUGGCCAUCCCUCGGCCAUCAUUCAUCGACCAACCUCCAGCCCCUGCUCCCCUCACGCAACACCUUCAUAUGCAGAGUUACAUGGACUCCAGGCGUCAGCUGGCCGGUGGCUCCCCCUUAACCUCAUACCCUGGACUGCCGUCUUAUGCCACCCUUCCUCGGAACAUUCCCUCAACACAGGGUGUUUCCCAUCCUCAGUGCAAUAUCUCACAAGGCCCCUCGUCACUUAGUCCCUCCCGCCUCACACCCUCGUACCCCACUGAGUUUGAUCCUCCCGACUACCCCGGGUCUGAGACUGUGGGUGGGAAUUACACUAAUGGAUUCAGAGACAUUCGGCCGACCUUAGACUCUCGUAGCGGGCUGCCGCCGGUCAGACACUACUCCUUAGGCAGCGCUGGUGGUUUGGGCAGCCUGCAGUCCAGCCGCUGUCGGACACCCACCUGCAACUACUAUGGACACCCCGAGACGGGGAACUACUGCUCCUACUGUUACCGGGAGGAGCUGAAGAAGCGGGAGACAGAACCAGCCAUCAGCAGGUUCUGAAGCAAUUGUGGCGUCGUAUUUAAGAGUGGCCUUUUUCAGUUCACAAAAAAAAAUAAAACUCGGGCAGCCUCAAUACGUGUGAGAGAAAGGUGAAACCAUCUCCCCAACUUUAUGCCGUCACUUCCUGUAGGACUGAAACAUUGACAGAAAACUGGUUUUGGGUCUUGACUGUAUGACUAACUGCACUUCUGUUACAUUUUGCUGUGUCUCUAAUGCAGGCAUUGUCUAUGAGUGUGUGUGUGUGUGUGUGUGCAUGUGCGUGUGCGUGUGCUGCUGAGUGUUAGCUACAGCCUCCCCCAUUUUUCGAGAUAUAUGUCUCGCCGGCGUCUCCUAAUGGAGGGAAUGUAUAUGGCAGGCAAUAUUGACAUUAAACACAUACAGGAACAAAAACACUUCAGUCAAAAUACACGGUGACAUAAGCACAAACAGGAAGGUGUGAGGCAUAACUAAUGAAGGGCUUUUAUUUUUAAAGUCACAUGCAGUUCAGGUGAUGUAAGUAUUAUGUUUUUCUCUACUGUAACAAGUUUUUUUUACAUUCUUAAAAAAAAGCAAUGAACCCACAGGCAGUUACUUCAAAUAUAUAUAUAUAUUUUAGAAGCAAAUUCCAUUCUACUUAUAGUGGAACCCUCUAAUAAAGCAAACCUUUGUUUAAGAUAAUCUAAUAGCUUCAAAUUUGAAAUGAACGUACAAUAGCUUUUUUUGGACUUGAGACUGGUACAGUAAACUCAUUGUUUUAGCUCUGUUUGUGAAAAUAAAUUGGACAAUAAGUGCAUGUUGGUUGAUUUACUACUGCUCUAAAAUCGUUUGCUUGAGGAACUAGAUUUUUUUUUCUCUUUAAUUCAAGAUUAUUUACCUGAUUUUAUUCGCUGCUUUUACGUGUCAGUACUCCUGUGUUGGUAAAGGAAAUAAAACAAAAAUAAGUAACGCAAAAUCCAACAUUGCUGCCGUGGCAUGAGGGGAACUUCAAUAUUUGUGGGUCAGAACUCAUGAGGAUGGCUGCAAAAAUAUGUUCCAUUGAAGGAAAUGUUCUAGUUGUUUUUCUGUUGUUGCACAAUUUGAAGCACUUUUCUCGUGUCGGUAAAAGUGAAACUGAAGAGGCCUGACUGUUUUCUCAACAAUCACUGCCACUGUUUUAAAGCGGGGUUUUCUUUUCACCACUUUUUUUUCUUUUUUUAACCUCCUGGUGCCACUGUCACCAUCUCAUUCAGUUUUUUUUCUUGCCUUUUCAGCAGUCAAACCCCUGCUCCUUUAAUUAAACUCACCCUUACAAGAUGAACUAGCUUUAUUUAAUUGACAUGGCACUUCCACCGGUUAAUAGGACUAAACUGUUUCAGCCCCAAUGUCAUGUUGGUUUAUUUUGUAACGCCUUGGCCUAAGAAAUUAUGAAAGAAGCACAAUUUAGUAUGCAACUUACUGCCUUGCCCAGAUGAGGGCACUGUUGCUCUGUUUCUCUCACAAAAGCCGUUUGCGUCGACAAAACUGAUUCAUAUAGCGUCAUAUAUCAACCCUCCUUUAAGUGUUGUGUUCCAGAUUUCUGUUCAAAGUGGCAUUUUUAUAGACCAUAACUUGCUCUGUUUUUGCCUCAAAUAACAGGAAAAAUGUUUGCUGUGUUUAUGUGCCGACAUGUUCCUGCACUAGCAUUUAAUUCCGACGAGACCUAUCAGAGAAAAGACAGUUUCUCGACUGUUCCAAAGUGAUGCCUGUUUUUCUAUUUUCAAAGACUACAUGCUUUCUCUCGCCCCCAGAUAUGAGCUCGCGCUCGACAGGCUUUUUUUUUUUUUUUAUUUAAAAACAAAAUGAAAAGUUCUUUAAAUAUGCUCCAGGUUAUUUUUGUAAGCCCAAAGUUUUACAGUGUUUUUAAAAAUACGGUGAGAAUGUAUGGUGUGUGGAUGAGGAGCGCGUCGGGAGAGUGUUUUACCAGAAAGGGACGUUGUGUUGAAGGCGACACCCGGACGUACCAAGUAAUUUCCUCCACGCUGACCUAACCACAUAUGAGAGUAUAUAAAUAUAUAUAUAUUUAUAGUGAGUUUUUUUUAUUAGCCUUCCUUGUGGAAUGUUUAGUUAAGAAAAUUUAGGAUGUUCUUUCUCACAUGACGAAUUGUCUAGCAGUCUGGCUUGUGUUUGUUCCUCAUUUGGAAAUUUAAAUAAAGUUUUUUUUGUUUUUCACUGUUGCUAUGUUGUGAGCAGGGCUCCUUAGGGGACAUGUGUUGAAGCCUAAGUAGCCAUAUGAUACAGGUGUAGUUUGAGGUGUAGUUAGCAGAGAUGGUGACCUAGUUUGAGUUUUGACAGGGUUGAAAAUGAUAUUAAAAAUCAUAUUAAAGUCGGCCCAGCGUCUGAUGAUUGGAAUUUCACGGGAGGAAAGAUGCUGACUUUGGGAAGUACACUACAAAGGAACUAAUGAGUUAGCAAGUCACAACAUGUGCAAAAUAGCACCAGGCGAUUAUUCAAAGCCAUGUGUGAGCGCAAGAUAAGUGUUGAUGAAUCUGAACGCUUCGAUGACAUGAAAUGAUCACCAUUUAUCAUAGAAACAUCUGGUGUGCACAUGUCCCUUCAGGAGAGCAAAAAUAUAUGGUGUUUCCUGUCGACUCGAUUAAUUUCAUUUUGUGUGUUUUUUUUUCCUUUUUAUUGGCAAAACAAGUGAUAUAUUUUUAUAUGGUGUCAUUUUUGUGGCAACAAGAUUUUUAUCAUUAAAAUGUUUUAGUUGCAUGGGACUGGAACUGUUGCAUGUAAACUGCUAAUCUAUAUUUUACCAAAUUUGUGCAUUAUUUGAACUGCAUUUUUCCUGCUCUUUUGUUUUUAUUCUUAAAAUUAAUUUAGGUUGUGUUGUGAGUGCGCCGAGGCUGUGUGACAAUGCAAUUGGACAGAAAGAACAUCAGAUUUUAUGUUAGGUUAUUUUAAUUUUUGUUUUUUUUUCUCUUUUGCACCGU